UUGGUUGGUUGUUAUAGUAACCAAGUAGUACGCUUAGACAUUAUGGAAAAUGAAAAUAUUUUUCAUUUAUUUCUUACUGGUCAGAUCGAGAGCGCUGAGUUUCCUGUCAUAGAUGACCUUUACUGCAAAUAUUGUUUUGUUCAUGGAUCUGAUUGGGUCGUCACUUCGGGAAUUGAAGAAGGUAUAUCCCAAAUUUCGAAGAAAGGGGAGCACGAAAUGAAUAUAUUUGUUUUCAACUUUCCUUUAGAUAUUUCAUUCAAAAGCACAAAUCCUUAUGGAUGGCCUCAGUUGGUCAUGAGCAUGUAUGGCAUUGACUUCUUUGGAAAUGACAUCGUUCGGGGGUAUGGAUCAGUUCAUAUCCCCAUUAUGCCUGGAAAGCAUCGAAGACGAGUCUCCAUGUUUGUUCCAGAAUCUUCUUCACUCCUCCAAAAGUUCACUGGCUGGUUGAUCGGAAGAAGGCCCGAAUUCGUUGAUCAAAAAGUCGUGUCUCAAGGUGAAGGCAGGGAUGUCACAAGAGUCAGAUCCCAAGGUUAUGCAAAUGUUGUAUUCAGCGUGGUCACCAAAAAUAUCGAGAAGUUAGGCUAUGUUACCAGAUGAUGAGAGCCUUAAUGACUAUUGUGUUUGUCCAGACAGCAAGCAUCCAAAGCCAUACUGUUUAUUAGAGGAAUUAAAAGAAUGAACUUGUGUGUUAUUCUUUAGAGACCUAUACAAAGUUUGUAUCUUGUGUUUUUUGUUAAUCAAAUUUUUAUAUUGCUGAUUUUCACCAUCAAUUGUAAAGUUUCAUCACAUUAUUUACCUGCUGUGGAACUGUAAGUAGUGAUCAUUGCAUAC